AUGUUGUUUCGGGAUUUAACCGACGAAAGUGUUCUUAAAUCUGAAGGCAAGGCCCUCUUUGUAUGCCACGGCAGCGCCGGAGAGGUGAUCGUUCACAGUCCUCGGUUCUACAAUGAUAACGAGAUAUAUCUCAUCUCUGAAUUCGGUACCGAACGCCAGAGCUCAGUUCCGGAUGCAACAUUUGAUUUCACAUUCGCUUCCAGCUUUGGCUCUGGUAAAUUCAUCGAUCGCACGCUCAAGACCGGCGGCAUUGCAGCUAUCCAAUUGAGCAACGACCCUUCGGAUGCUUUCUGGAAGCCCUCAAAUUACAAGAUUGUCUACAUCUGGCGAUAUGCAUCCACAAUUGUAGCAAUGAAGAAAACUGGCCCCUCCAAACUAUCAUCCGGGAAUUGGCCAAAUAAGAGGCGCCUCUGCGCGUUCCCUUCAGAAGCCAAGGUGGCAUUGGAUGGACUCGAGGAUGUGCUCCUGGAACCACCAAGAAGAGCUCAUGUGGAGUCGAACAAGUACUUGAAGAGGACCAAAUUCCUGCCGGACUUUAACAGGGGACUCGCUCGAAGGGUACCCACAUUGCGUCUUCAUCGAUGUUGUCUUGCCGGAGAGAAACAGUGGCAGCCCUGGUUGGUUUGA